AUGGUGAAUGGUACCACAGGUGAAGGUAUAUCUAUGACAAUAGAAGAACGGAAGUUAGUAGUUGAAGAAUGGGUCAAAGUUGCUAAAUCAAGAAUGUUGAUUGUUGUUCACGUCGGAUGUGCUUGUCUGCGGGAUUCACAAGAACUGAAUGUUGUCGAUCGUCAUGGUAAUAAGUAUUCUGUGCUAUUUGGAAAUGAUGACGAAUUCCUAGGAGCUCUAGUACAUGGAAUAGAGGGUGCCGUUGGUAGCACUUAUAAUUUCAUGGCAGCAGUAUUUCACAGACUGAUAAAAGCCCUCGAGGAAGGAAAUAUUGAUGUAGCUAGAAUAGAGCAGGGUCGGUCAAGAGAUGUCAUCGUAAUAUUUUUAGAAUAUGUGAAAUACACUUACGGCUCUGUUGGUGCACAGAAGGAAAUAAUGUCGUUGAUUGGUCUUGAUCUUGGACCACCGCGAUGUCCAAUGAGACGUUUACCACCAGAAAAGCUGACAGAGAUGAAGCAAAGGCUAUCUGAUAUUGGGUUUUUUAAUUAUAUAAAAUAG